UUGUCUCGUUCUAGGCAGGUCGCAGCCCGUGGGCUUGAGACGAACGGGCUCGCCACGGGGAACCUAGCUCGUGGACGUUUUGACAGAUGGGGUAUUAGUGUAUGUAGUUAAAAGAGAGGCUGCGCGAGCAGCUGUAUCCAAAGCCAAAUCUGUCCCUUUCUCUUCUUUACUCUCUUUUCUCUUCCAUUCCUUGCUGAAGAAGCCUUCGCUUCAGGUAAUCUCCAAGUCCUGAAGAUGGCGUUCACAGCGGCUUUGCAGACCGUAUCCCCUCUUUAUUCUUUAGGCCUGUUUUCUGGUGCCUUUGUUCUGUAUUGGAUUGUAUGGAUCAUCUAUGCCAGAACCCUUCACCCUCUGAGCAAAGUGCCGGGGCCAUGGCUGGCUACCGUCAGCCGAACAUGGUACAUGCUCCAGAUCAUCCGGGGUGACAUGGAAAAGACACAGAGGCGUCUCCAUGAGAAGUAUGGACCGCUCAUCCGGAUUGGACCCAAUGAAGUCGCCUGUGCUUCGCCAGAUGCCAUCAAGAAGAUCUACCGGAUCAAGGAUGCCUUGAACAAGACGGAUUUCUAUCCUGUCUGGAGUAACAAUACCUUCAGCAAGUACCCCGAUAACUUCACCGGAAUCCUUGACAAGCUUCACGGCGAGAGAAGGCGCAUCGUCAACCAUGUCUAUUCUCUCUCGAAUGUGUUGCAGUCGGAGCGGUACAUCGACCGUUGCUCUGAGGUGCUUAUGCAGAAGAUGAAGGAGCAUACAAACAAGAAUGAGCCUUUUGAUCUCGGAACAUGGGUUCAAUGGUAUGCAUUCGACGUGAUUGGCGAGCUGUACUUCGGCCGGAUGUUCGGCUUCAUGGAGAAAAGCCAUGAUCAUGAGGGAUGGAUCAAUGCUCUGGAGCUUCUGACUCCGUUCCUCUGCGUGACAGGAGUCGGUCCAACGUACCUUCGUCCCCUCAUCCUGGGCUCGGCCAUCGCGGUUCCAGGCUCCCUCAAAGCUCUGAAAGCCAUCGAUACAGUCGCGCAUGCGGCCAGAGAAUGCGUCUCGAAGCGUUUCGGUGAGGGGGCUGUUCAAACUGAAAAGCGUACCGAUCUCCUGCAGCAGCUCUAUGACAUCUACCAGGAGAAAGGCGAGAAGGUCGACUUCAAGAUGGGCGAAAUCACGCAAGAGGCAUGGGUUGGCUUGUUCGCCGGAUCGGACACGACUGCCAUUGCCUUCCGUGCCGUUUUCUACUACCUGAUGAAGACUCCGUCUGCCUAUAACAAGGUCGUUGCAGAGAUCGACGAAGCCACUGAGAAAGGAGAGCUCACCUUCCCCUGCAAGUACUCCGACGCCAUCAAGCUCCCCUACCUCUGCGCCUGUAUUAAGGAAGCAUUCCGUAUUCACCCCAGUGUUGGCUUGACCAUGGCCCGCCUCGCCCCGGCCGAGGGCAUGGAACUCUGUGGCACAUACAUCCCGUCUGGCUACCGCGUCGGUAUGAACGGUGCUGUCGUCCAGUUUGACAAGUCGAUCUUUGGCGAAGACGCAGACCAAUACCGCCCUGACCGCUGGCUCGAAGGCGACGCGACCAACAUGGAAAAGCAUAUGCUGCACUUCGGUUACGGAACGAGAACCUGCAUUGGCAAGAAUAUCUCCCUGGCAGAGCUCCACAAGCUGGUGCCCCAGGUCCUCAGACACUUCAAGAUCGAGAUGUGGGAUCAGAAUAAGGAGUGGGAAACUUGCAACACCUGGUUCGUGAAGCAAACAGGUGUUGAGGUGCGGCUUACGCCAAGGAAAGAAGCCGUGUUGGCUUGAAGUUCAUUCAUUCCCCAUUGGUGCGGUGUUUACUUUUCUUUCUUUUUUUUCCUUCUGUUGGAUACUAUUUCUUUUGGGCUCUGUUUAUAUAUACCUUCCUUUUUCUAGUUCCAUAUAUCAAAUUCUGUUUAGAUUUUCUUAUGACGCCAGUCAUUAUCCCCUAAUUGUUCUGUUUGGUUUUUUUUUUUUUGGGAUACUAUUACUUACCCAGGGGGUGAAGAGGGAUCAGACAUGACAGCAUGCAACCCGCAUCAACUCACUCCCGAGGUAAUUAACGGUGGGCUCAGAAUAGUGAAGUAUUGAACGGCACGAUCUCUUGAAUAUGAAUAA